AUGAAGAAUGAAGAUCAAAGAUUUGGUCAUUGCAACAAAGAAAAGGUAGGAAACCUAACUUUUCCAACAACUGCUAUUACACAUGUUGCCCUCUCGGAAGAAAAAUGCAACACAACUGGCUUAUCCCGCGGUUCAGCCAUUUGCAAGCAUAAUGAACAGGUCGAGGCUUACUUUGAUAAAUCAUCAAUUUUCUAUGUACCAUGUCAAUUUUCUAUCAAUUCUUUGGUUGAACAGGUUAUAUCUUUGGGUGAAAACAUUACUGAUGAAAGUAUUGUCAAUGGGGUAAACCAACUGGAAGUUAUUGCAUCAGGACCUGACCUGAUUUCUGGUGAUACUAAAGAAAAGUUUGUGGAGUUUUUUAAAACUAUCAGUGACCUUGCUGCUGAAGGGAAAGCUAAGAUAACUUCAAACACGCUUAUCACUGUACUCUCAAUUUCUGCAAAAAUCUCAAAACCUCAUGCCAGUGGCCACUUAUCUACACCUGAGGAGAAUAAAGAAAAACAAGAUAUAGUCAAAUCCAUUUCCACACUUGCAGAAAAUGUUAUUUUGUCCAAGAAUGAAGUAUUGGAAGUAGAAAAUGACCUCUUUACAGUAAAAAUUUUCGACCAUGAAGGCAGUAGCUCAGUCAGCUACUCACCAGUAGUUAAGGGUGUGAAUGGAAACAACAGUCAACCUGCUAAAAUAUCAAUCCCAAACGAGGCGCUGGUCCAGACCUUAUCAAAAGGACUGGCAAGGAAAAAACGUAGCACCGAAAAUGCUACGUUUCGUUUAUCCCUUGCGAUGUACAAUGAUGCAUCGCUCUUUCCUACAAAUGACAAUGUAUCAAAUGUAAUUUCUGCUGGUGUUGGGGUAAAUGCAAGAAUAAAGGAUUUGGCCGAACCAGUUGAAGUUCUGUAUCUAAACAUUGGUGCAAAACAUGGAGAAUCCAUCACUGCUACUAUAAAAACGAAAACGUCUGUGGUUUGUAAGUACUGGGAUUUCACUACUUCGAAAUGGGCAGACGAUGGAUGCUGUUUGAAUGAGACGGCUAAUCCAACCCAGUGUCUAUGCAACCAUCUCACCAACUUUGCACUGCUUGUGACAAGUGUACAAGGACCAACCGACGUAGUUCUGAGCGUCAUCAGUGAUGUAGGAUGCAUUCUAUCCAUCAUUGGUCUUUUUGUUACAAUCCUAGUCCAUGCACUUCACAGGGAAUCAAUGAAAAAACGUCCAGCCAAGAUUCUACUGAACAUCUGCAGUAACUUGCUUAUUGCUUACUUCAUAUUUGUGGUGGGCGUGUCGCAAACAUCAAAUCGAACCGGGUGCAAAGUAGUUGCUGUGUUGCUGCAUUACUUCUUUCUAACCACGUGGUGCUGGAUGUCUGUAUACAGCUAUGACAUGUACAUGUCACUUGUUAAGGUGUUUCGAGGAAGUGAGAGUAAAUUGCUUCAGAGAAUGGCAGCCUUUGCUUACAUUACACCUGCAGCCAUUGUUAUUAUUACUGCAGGGGUUGCCAUGGGUUACGUGGAUCAAAAACAAAAAAGUACAUUAUGUGGAAAAGUGAUAGACCCGACAUUAUCAUCCUCCUACAUAGCUGACCAUAUGUGUUGGUUGACUGGUGGAUCUUUGUACUUUGGAUUCCUUCUACCAGUUGCUGCAAUGCUUAUGUACAACUUCUUUGUCUUUAUUUCAAUUUUCCGUGAGCUGAACAAGAAUAGCUCAAAGGUUACCACCGAGCACAUGAGAAGGACCACCAAACAAACAAUGACAAUAGCAGUUACUAUGACAUCACUAAUGGGUGUGACAUGGGUGUUCGGAUAUUUACUUGUGAUUUCUACUGAUGUUAUUUACGUCACUGUAUUUAGUUGGCUGUUUGCACUGAGCAAUACACUCCAGGGAUUUCUCAUUUUUCUUUUGACAGCUGUGCGCCGCAAAAAUUUGAGAAACGUAUGGACCGCACCCUUUAAACGCUUGUAUUCUAGCACUUCUUCUGCAGCAGUCUCCAGUAUGAGGAAAGUGUCCGGCAGGACAGCUUCAUAUUCAGUCUCGGAACUCACUAAGUAUCCUAACGGUGAAGGUGAUACAGCGCAAACUACAACUAAUGUAUAAUUUUUCAAUCAAACCUACACAGCCAGUGGCCAAAGUGGACUGUGAAGAAGUAAAAACAGUCACACAAAAAACUGUUCAAAACUGUGUUAUAUGUCUUACUAUAGCCCUUGUAGCUAUUUAUCAAGGACUGCUGCCCACAAUAAUACAGGAUUAUUAGGCAGAUUCCAAUAGAUGUACAUGUUUUGUAUGUUUCUAAAUAUUUACACUGUAUGACAUUUUCAGUAUGAAAAUUUAAGAUGUGCAAAUUUUUUAUUGGGUAUUUUUUGAUCAUCAUCUAUUAUCACUGUUAAGUGCUGUAAAUCUGAACUGCAAUAUUACACAAAUAUGUAUUUUUUGUGUCUAAAAAUGAGUUGAACAGCAUUUACUAGCUUUUUGAUUUGUACUUUUAUGAAUUAAGAUUUAUUUUUUGCAGCAUAGAUAUUAAAAAAGAUUUUUCAAUUAUUGUUUUUAUUCUUAUGUAUGAUUGCACUGUAUAACAACAUAUCUAAAAAAAUUGUUCAUUUUUUUGUAUGUUUAAAUCAUGGUAUCUGCCAGUGUUAUACUUAAAACAUAUGUACCAAC